AUGGCGGACCCCAUUGUAUCUGUCCCCACAGCCUCGAGGAACGUCCUGUGGGUGAUCGAGGGGACGUCGUGUGACCUGCCCUGGCAAGCUGCUCUAUUCAAAAGGGACAAAUUCAUCUGUGGGGGGACUUUGGUGGCCCGGAAUUGGGUGCUGACGGCCGCCCAUUGCCACGUCCCUGGCCACCUCAAUGUCCGCCUGGGGGGCCGUGGUCACCGGGACCCCCACUCCACGGAGCAGCGCCGUCUGUCCUCCAAAGCCAUCUCAUAUCCUCGUUACGACCCGGCCACCAAAGAUGGGGAUCUGAUGCUCAUUAAACUCCUCCAGCCCGCCCGCCUUAACGAGCACGUCAAGCCUUUACCUUUGGCUUUUAAUUGCCCCCAGCCCGGAAUGACCUGUCAGAUCUCAGGAUGGGGGUCCACCACCAGCCCUGAAGUCACCUUCCCUGAGGACCUCCAUUGUGCCAAGGUCACCAUCGUCCCGGAGGAGCGAUGCCGACGUAUCUACCCGGGUUCCAUCACCUCCAACAUGGUGUGUGCCGGGGAGCACCGCAACCGCGCCGACUCCUGCCAGGGAGAUUCCGGGGGACCCCUCGUAUGUGACGGGCGUCUGCAGGGCAUCGUCUCAUGGGGUCCGGGUGUCUGCGGGGACCCCCAAAAACCUGGAGUCUACGUCAACCUCUGCAAGUACACCCAAUGGAUCCAUGACACCAUGAGAAGGAACUGAACCCCCCCAAGCCCCCCUACAUCCCACCCCAUAUCCCACCCCCCAACCCUUGUCCCCAAGAUGGGGGUCCUUCCGGAGUCGGCCGGUCCGAGUACCGGGACAUGCGACCCCCCCCAGGGGUGGGUAGGGGUCAGUAUUGGGGUCCCCCAAUGGAGUUGUCUGUGAAUAAAAUGGUGGGGGGCUUUUUUUUUUGAGGACUGAGCACGGUUUUGGAGGGGGGGUCCAUGUGUCCAUGAGGUUCUGGUCCUUGUGUUCGUGAGGUUCUGGUCCUUGUAUUCAUGAGGUUCUGGUCCGUGUGUUCAUGAGGUUCUGAUCCUUGUGUUUAUGAGGUUCUGGUCCCUGUGUUCAUGAGGUUCUGGUCCAUGUGAAUGUGGAGGUCUGGUCCUUGUAUUCAUGAGGUUCUGGUCCUUAUGUUUGUGAGGUUCUGGUCCUUGUGUCCAUGAGGUUCUGGUCCUUGUGUCCAUGAGGUUCUGGUCCUUAUGUUUGUGAGGUUCUGGUCCUUGUGUCCAUGAGGUUCUGGUCCUUGUGUUCAUGGAGGUUCUGGUCAGUGAGCCCAUGAAGUUCUGGUCCGUGUGUUCAUGAGGUUCUGGUCCUUGUGUUUAUGAGGUUCUGGUCCAUUUGAUUGUA